AUGGAUCCUGAAGCGUGCUUGGGCAUUCUAAGCCGAGCUCAUGCUGCUGCGAAGGGAAGUGAGGCCGAUGGCCACUGCUGCGCAGGUGCUCCAAACGAAGCGCAUAGCCAUGGCUACCCGGCGCAAGUGCAGAAGGUGGAGCGGGUAGCUGAUGCCAUGGGCUGUGGUCAAGUGUUGGAUGUGGAGAGCGGGGAGAACCAAACGUUGGGUGCCGACUUCACGGAAGAAGUGCUGUUGCAGCGCUUUCCGAAGCUGCAGGGUAGCUGCCAGUUGCCAACCAGCAACGCAAUGGAAGUCGAGAAGACCUUCAAUGGAGAUAUUGCUGCUGACCUGGUGCUGGCUGCCAUUGUAUUUCAAGAGGAGCGGGUGGCAGUGUACAAGGACUACGAUGCGGCCUUCAAGUUUCUCAUCGAGGCGAGGGAGAACGCCACGAGAGCUCUGGCCUGGCUCUAUCCCUUCGUGGUGAAGAAGGCCACGUCGCGCUUCCAGGCAAUCUCUCAAGGUGUUCGCUCCUUGGCGAGCGAGCUAGAGACCAGGUCAGAGGCAACUCGUCAGCCCUUGGCUUCGCAGGUAGAUGAAGCCGCUGGGGCAUUACGUGCCUUGCAACGAAUGGAGGCUGAACGCUUGCAGCUGGUUGCUGCACAUCAUGCAGAACAGGGCCGGAAACUUCUGGCAGAGGAUGAUGAUGCGGUCAAUGCGAGCUUGAACGAUGUAAAGCGGCGCUUGGGCAAGAUCUCGCAAGACAUUGACGAGCAGGUCAGUGAAUUGAGGUAUGCUGCAGCUGACAUGUUGGUUCUAGCGAUACUUUCGACGCGUGUGAAUGCACAGAAGAAACCUUGGCCGUUCUUGUACGAGCCUGAGCCAGAGGAUACAAGCUUUAAGGGCAGGGGUAUUUUCGUUGUCUGCGCACCUUGCGACAUGCUUUCAAGGCAAGAGUGCUGGCAAGAGUGCUGGCGUGAAAUUGUACAGCAAAACAUUUCUUCGAAUAGUCUAAGUCUAAGCUAUUGA